AUGGAUGCCCUCCUCCGUUUGCCCGCAGAAUUGGUUUCUGCCAUACUGGAGUACGUGUUAUUACAACACCCUUCAGUGACAGAUAUCCUCGUCGUCAACUCCACCUUCUUCCAUAUCACACAGUUCAUCCUACACCGCAAUCUCCGAUUUCGAACAAUACGGCAGCUACGGCAGUUUGCAAUGGGGAGCGGACCUUUGGCAUGCCAGCCACAGACUGUGACCAUAGAACUCGCUGGAGGCGUGGCGAACCACCAUCUCUUCACAUACAUCAAGGAUACUCUUUGUAGAGCAUUUGAUGUCAAUGGUGGUGGUUCGACGGAUGUAGAUAAGCUACAGUUCACGUUCAAUUCUCAUUACAGUGCAGCAUCAGAGAGUUUGGAGCAGCUCUACUCAGCGCUGUCUAUCAGUAGACCACGGACAUUUAUAUGGACUGGUCCUGAUCCCCCUCAUCACUUUUCUAUCGCCAUCGUUCCUAGAGUAACGCUGCUGCUCUUCCAGGCGAUGCCAGCUUGGACAGAUCUCCAACACCUUCACCUGACCAACGUCGCAUUCCCGAGCUCAAACACCGCGUCCCCUCUACCCUCUGACCAUCAGUACGAGGAUAUCUUCCCCACAAUCCCCUCUCUCCAAACUGUGCACCUUGGGCAGGCGACCUUCCUCAGCCCCUUGGGGGUCGCGAGACUUUGCGCGAACAACAGCGCAACGCUGCGAUCUGUGCGUCUCGUGGACACCUAUCUGGAGAGCAUCUGGGGUCGAAGGCUGCGCCGGUCCGACGUUGAGCAGGCGGUCGCCCAGCUGACCGAUGCAGAGCCGGAGCGAAGUAGAUACUUGGAACUAAUGAGACGACUCAUUGUCUGUGAAGCACGGACGGAGCGAAUCAUGGGUGGUGAUCGCGCCGAGGGCGACACGCCUUUGUCGCCUCUAAUCCCCGCUAGCUGGACUCAAUAG